AGCCCUGUUAAAUGAAAAUCUUGAUGCAACUGUUCUGGAUUAAUAUGUGCAGUUCUUCUGUCAGCUCUUGCUGGACUCUGUCUCUGGGUAAAGAAUGCAGACUAUAAAGUGCGUAGUUGUUGGAGAUGGCGCUGUGGGAAAAACUUGUCUUCUCAUCAGCUAUACCACCAAUGCCUUCCCAGAAGAGUACAUCCCUACUGUGUUUGACAAUUACAGUGCUCAAAUGACUGUUGAUGGCCGGACAGUUAGCCUGAAUCUGUGGGACACUGCAGGCCAGGAGGAGUAUGACCGCCUGCGCACACUCUCAUAUCCUCAAACCAAUGUAUUCGUCAUCUGUUUCUCCAUUGGUAGCCCCUCUUCCUAUGCAAAUGUGAGGCACAAAUGGCACCCUGAAGUUUCUCACCACUGUCCAAAUGUUCCCAUUCUUCUUGUGGGCACGAAGAGAGACUUGAGAAAUGACCUGGAAACAGUUAAAAAGUUGAAAGAGCAAAGCUUGGCUCCCACUACCCCACAGCAGGGGACUUCCCUGGCUAAACAAAUUGGAGCAGUCAAAUAUUUGGAGUGCUCAGCAUUGAAUCAGGAGGGUGUUCGGGAGGUGUUUGCUGAAGCUGUCCGUGCAGUUCUGUAUCCUGUGACAAAGAAGAACUCGAGAAAAUGUGUCUUAUUGUAGUUACCUUGGAUGGUGGAUGUUUGAAGUUGAAUAUUGACUAUCUUGGAGGGCUCUUAAAUGAGUUAAAUUGAAGAUUUGCAUCUUGCACUAACAGCUCUAAACAUAAAUGGUUUUUGCAAUGAAUAUUCUUGCAGUCUUACUGCUUCAGGGAAACUGAAACAGGUUUUUUUUUCCAGCUAAGAGGUCAAAUUUCUAAAGUUCUGGUCUCCAGCUUCUGUCCUUAUUUAGUGGAGGAAAAUAAAAGAAUGAGGAACUUUGAAGCCAGAGUUCUUUACUAGAUAGCCAUCAGUUACUAGAUUUGCUGAAAAGCACAAAGUCUGAUAACUUUGCUUUAAGUUUAG